AUGUUACAGCAGGUUAAAGGUCCUUUUGGCACGAUUUACCGAGGGCCUGUGCUGUUUAAUGACGUAAAACCUGCAUCCCACGGGAAUGUGUUCAGGCUUUGGAUUUUGAAUUUAAUGAAACGUUCUGUGGUCUCUGGAGUGUGCUGCUAGAGGAGGUGAUGAAAUCCAGUAAUACCGUCACGACGCUUAAACAGGCACUUGAAUAGACAAGGCAUGGAGGGAAACGCAGGCAGCUUGGGAUCAGUAUAGGUAGCAGGAGACUGGUGAGCCGAGGGUCCUGUUUCUGCGCUGUACAACUCUGAGGUGUGGCUAGGUGUUCUGCAUGAUCUGUGUGUCCCUGCUGUCCAGUCGCCUGACGUUAGCACUCGGGUUAGGCACGGAUUCAGGGAUGUGAGCAACCUUCAGGAGGGUGAACCCAUGGAAAGCAAUGCAGAUACUAGGUCCCUGGCCAAGUAUGAAGAACCUAUGCUGAUCAACCAGCUGGAGUCUUCACCGAGAUCUUUAACCUCUCACUUCAGUAUCCACCUACUUCAAGCAGGUUUCAAUGCAGUCCAGUGCCUAUGAAGCACUUGGUAGCCUACCUCAAUGAUUAUCAUCCAAUAGCACUUGCAUCCACAGUGAGAUGUUUUGACAGUUCGGUGAUGAAACCGAUCAGCUCCUGCCUGAGAAGUGACUUGGAUCUGCUCCAAUUUGCCUACCAUCACAACAGGUCCACAGCAGAUGCCAUCUCAUCAGCUCUUCACUCCACCGUGGAACAUCUGGACAGCAAAGGAUCUGGAACCUGGCUUACUGGCAUCUCGCCUGUGGCUGUUAGUCAAAGCCUUCUUUUCAACUGAACCAAGUGGUCACCUUAUGACAGGCCUCUGAGCUCUGCCCGCCGUCUGAGGGAUCUCCUUGUGCUGCUCGCCCACCAGCCUCCUGCCAGUCCCCCGAAGAUUGGUUGCCUGCCUGUGAGCCGCCCCACGAUCAGACUGCCAUGUUCCACCGAUUCACCAGCUUCUUCUAUGCGGACUCUAAAGAUGUCUGCACACUGGCUCCUGAUCCCAAAUUGACCGAGAAGGAGGACGAUGGCUGGCUAAUUGUUGACUUUCCAGUUGUGAAUCCAGAUGCUUGCAUUACCCCCUCAAGCGAAGAAGUGAAGGCAAACUCUACCGUGCCUGACGACACCCCUCCUCCACUGGCCCCUUCUUCUCUUGAGUCUCUUUCUCGCGGCAGUGACUCCAGUCCUGCCCGGUCUUCGGCCGGCACGUUGGAAGAGAGUUGGUUUGUCACCCCUCCCCCCUGUUUUACUGCAGAAGGCCAGGAUGAUAUCCAGGUGGAGAGUAGCCCCUUGGAAAAUCUGCUCAUUGAGCACCCGAGCAUGUCUGUUUAUGCCGACAGCAACAUCAACACCAGUACCCUGGAGGAGGUCAGCGAGAUCAACAUUGGAACAACAGCUCAGACUAGGGUGGAACGCUGGGCACCCCCGGCUCCUGCGGCAGUGCUAGGGCGAACGGGCAUCUUGGAAAAGGCAAAUCAGGUCCUCUUCAUCCAACGGGCGAAACAGCGGUUUGAGAAACGCCAGCUGAGUCGCAACCGGAUCCAGAGGCAGAACCUAGCGAGGGAGAGCCGCCAUCGCCGGACCAAACUCCACGGCAACUUUGUGUACCAGCCACCCCGGCGCCAAUACAACUACUAAACCACUUCAGGAAUCCGGGCAGUUUGGGUCAGUCAGAUGGCAUUAACAAUAAACCUUGGGCAAACUGUGCACCUCACCGCCGCACGGUUUUCAUUUUAGCUGGCCUUUUUUGUUCUGAGGUAGCUCGUUCAAAAUAAAAAAAAAAGUUGGUCCAUACUCCAACAAGGACACAUCAUAUGGGACCUUCUCUUGUCUUUCUGCUUAGUUCACCUUUUGUUUUUAAGAACAUUCAAAUGAGCUUGCCCAUUUGUUUUCCUUCCUAAUUAAGCUAGUAGAACCCAGUGCUUGGCUUUGCUUCAUUCAAACUGAAAUGCUGAUGUGCCAACGGGAGAAUUAGUGAACCUUCUACCACCCUUGCCUAUUCCAGCCUGCAGUCAGACAGCUAUAUUGGGUUAACUUAGCCCGACCAGGGUUGGAGCUCAAGUUAGUUGACUAUUUUCUGCUUGAAUCCAUUUCACUGAGGGGAAGAUGCUUCCAAGGGGCCUGUUCCUGUGCUGUACUGUUUUAUGCUCUGUAGACAGGCACAUGAAUGUGAGGGAAAUGGAGGGACGUGGACAUUGUAUAGGCAGAAGGGAUUAGUUCAGUUGGCCAUUUGAUUACUGAUUUUAAUUGGUUCAGCACAAAAGGCCUGUUCCUCUGCUGUACUGUUCUGUGUUUAAAUUGAUAUCACUGUAAAGAAUUGUCAAUAAGUUUACAGAUUACUCUGGACUUUUCCUCACCAGAUCAAGUUCCCUUUGCGUAAUAGAUCUGACCAAGAUCCAAUCCUGAUGAAGGGUCUCGGCCCAAAAUGUCAGCUGUUUAUUCCUCUCCAUAGAUGCUGCCUGAACUGCUGAGUUCCACCAGCAUUUUGUGUGUGUUGUAGUGAGAUCACCCAUUAUUUAAACUAGCUGCAUUUAAUGGGAUGUAGCCUCAGGAAAGUACAGCCCAGAAAUAGUGUAUCAGAAUGAAUACUACCAAACAAAAGUAACAUGCAAUGCAGAUUGUGUACAUGAAUGCUGGAACUCUGAAAUGAACCAAAAAAAAAUAUGCUACUGAGAUCUAACAAAGGGUUCCAUUAUGUACUGUGACCUUUGCAUUCAAGGUGCUGAGAAAACCACUGUGCAUUUGGAAUAAUUCUGUUCAUUUUGUGGAUGAUAGCUUCCAUUGUCAAAUCUUCUUGGGCCCCUUUGGUUUUGCAGUCUAUUCGUGCUAGUUUUGGAUGCCUCCAUCCCAAUCUCCAGCUUGUCAGCGAUGCUAAGAAUGUUUAGCUUUUUAAUUGCUUCCCCUUAAAGAUGAACUUUCUCCAGUUUUGAAUGAACAAUGCUUGUGGGGUGCCGGUGGUAUGCUUCUGACUCCAAUGAUAAAUGUGGUGUGUUUGAGAUGCUUUGAUUAAAUACUCAGUGCACUGAACCUCUCUCUACUGGUGUAACUGGGGCUUUCAAGAGCAAUUCGUAUCUACCUACUAACUUGUACUGAAUGCCUUGUUAUAAAAGAAAGUCCUUAUACUACAGUCUGACUAUGGAUCUAUCCAAGUGUGGUGCUGAACUGAUAGAAUAAUACAAUUUUAUUUUGUAACAGAAAACAUGUGAGUUUGUGGACAGUAUUAUUUCUUGAUUACAACAACUAAAGGUUUUGAAGUUUCUGCUGUGCUGCUGUUGAGAUCAGUGCUCUGAAAUAGAAUUACUUGUCAGUGACUGGGAUGAGAGUGUUUUACAGAUGUAUGUUUCUGAAUAAUUUAUUUAAGGAUAAAUGUGUUUUGUGAGCUACAGUUUUUCAUGCUAAACUACACAGCACAGGCUCUCUCAGGGACAAUACUCCACAAUGCAGUGUGUUUGUUAAUUUAAAUUAAUAUCCAUAUAAAUAAGAAACAUGAGGCUAAUGUACAUAAUCUUUUGUUUUUGGGCUCCUAUUCAUCAUGGAUUUCGGGUGGUUAAUGUGGAGUAAUAGUAACUUUUCUCUCAGGAUGAAGAUCGCUACUGUUUGGAUAAAGCAGCGGCUUCAUUAACUAAUAAUUUUCUGUCAGUGCUAAGUUAUUGUAUCCAGUCUAUCACAAUGAGGUGAUGAACUUGGUUGGAAACCUCGACAGAUGAAUCUCCACCUUUCAAGAUCAUUGUUUUGCAUUGUUAAGCUUUAGUUCACUUGGUCUGUGACAAACUUCUAAACCGCAAUUGCUUGGUCUAUUUGAGAGGAACAUAUCUUUAAUUACAAGUCCUUGAAUGUGAUCAAGAUUGAAAUUGUCUGAUUUAGGGACACCACAGUAGUAUUACAGCUCAGGGCGUUGGGAGUUCAAUGCCGGCGCCACCUGUGAGGAGUUUGUACGUUCUCCCCAUGAUGUGCGUUUCCUCCCACAGUCCAAAGACAUGCUGGUUAGCAGGGUAAUUGAUCAUUGUAAAUUAUCCUGUGAUUAGGAUAAUGUUUAGAAAGUUGGAUUGCUGGCUAUAAGGGCCGGAAGGGCCUACGCCGUGCUGUUUUGUACUUAAGAAGCAGUUAAUUUCUGUCUAGUGUAAGGGUUGAUGUUCAACACUCAGUCCUCUGUGCAUUGCUUGAAGUUUAUAUAUAUCUAUAUUACCUGAACUUAAAGCAAUACUUUUAUAGGGGUAGGUGGAGCUAAUACUUUAAAAAAUGGCAUUUCUGCUCUUUUCCCCUUUCACCAAGCUGUGGCUUUGAAAUGUAAAAUCCUCAAUGCAAAAGAAGCAACUUUGGAUUUCAGUAGUGAAAUUUCAAAAGGAGAAUGUUACAAGGUUGAAACAGGCUAAUUAAUCCAUUAGAUCAGGGGUUUCUCAACCUGGGGUUGUGUAAUAGUAAUGCUCUAUGGCAGGGGUGUCAAAAUCAUUUUAGGUCGCGGGCCGGAUCAGUCGGGCGCGUGCGAACGCAGCUUUCAUUGCCUCCGUUUUUUCAGCCUGUUCUCAUGUGUCUCAGUCUCUGCUAUAACUACAAAGUGUUUCACUUCAAGACUGCUGAGCAAGCAUUAUUUUUAUGAUUGGAAUUAACUUACAAUCAUAGGCUUCAUAUCGCCGGGCCAUUAAUAAUUAAAAUAAUAGAUCUAUCUAAAAUGAUCUCACGGGCGGGUUACAAUUGUACGCCGGGCUGGAUAAGGCCCGCGGGCCUUGAGUUUGACACCUAUGCUCUAUGGCAUAUAAAAGGUUGGGGACCCCUGCAUUAGAUCUUUGCUCAUAUGUGCCUCUGGAUGAGCUCUCAAUAGUAAUCCCUCUUUAGUUUUAUUUCCAGUAUCACCUUAAUUUUCUAAAUUUUUCUGGAUAUUUUUCAUUUUGUUUUCUGAUGUAUAAUAUUUAAACAUUAGAUACUGCAUCAUGCACAUCUAAUUAGCACUAAAAUGCCAUACUACAAAUCUUAGAAUAAAACACAAUACUAGAGUGUUCUGUCUUUUAAAUUUUGUGGUUCUAUUAUUAAUUGUGUACUGCUGAGAAACUACAUAAUUUUAGUUAGCAUAGUGUCUGGGUCCUUGUUCUAACUGCAAUCUGAAUGUGUCAUCUAUUAUGUUGUGGGCAUUCAUUGACAAUACUGUUGGCCAGUGACUCUUAACGAAAAGAAACACAUCCACACCGAAACGGUUUCAUUUCUGCAGGGAAGUGUGCGAACGGUGGAUUGUUGCACACAAUGUGAUCUGGCCGCAGCAGUGUGGGCACCAGGGUUGAUGGCAGAGAUCUCGACGUCAAACAUCUUUGGAUGCAGUAUUGUCAGUAUAUGCAGCCAUUUAAUAAAAUAAAUGUACUAAAAAAAUUAGUUAUACAGCUUGUGUUCAGCAAGUUUACCUCCCAUGUAUUGAUUUGUGUACGUGCCUUCCAUUCUGGGGCUGAAGUGAGGGGAGGGGAUUUUAAUUCAAGAUGUGUAUACAUGAACAGAAAUUGACAUUUGAAUUGCAAAAGUAAAGUCCUAUGCAAAACAAA